AUGGCUGACUCUCAUAUGAGCCAUGACGAGUUCUUCGCCAAGUUGGGUGAGCUCUUCAAUCAUCGCAAGGGCAGCGACCAUGGCGCCAUCUACUUGAGCCAGAAGCGCCUCACCUACGGUCAAGACAUCCCUAGUCCCUCAGAAGAGGAACCCUCUCCAGAUAUUCACCCUGGCAAGCCUCUGCCUCUCAUCAUCAGGGCAACUAAUGGCAAGGGCAAGAAGGAUCGCUCCAACAAAGCUAAGCUUUCAACGGUCGUCAAUCCCGAAGAUCUGGAGGCUUUCUACGUACGGUAUGCCGAUGUGUGCAAGGCUGGCAUGACAGCAUUGAAGCCCAGAGACAGGAGCAAGAAGAAGGCCAAGGCAAAGAAGAAGAAGGCUGCGGCAUAA